UCUCGCGCUCUUCUCUCCCCCACGCGCUCUUGUUCGUUCCGCCGGUAUCUCUCGCAGGUCACCGGGUCACUUCUUGCAUUUCUGCUCGGUUCGGUGGUUGCUGCGUUUCGCUGAAGAGCCUUCGCUUAGUCCCCUGCACAAUGCCUAUCACCAGGAUAUUCGCGCGCCAAAUUUUUGACAGCAGGGGCAACCCUACUGUCGAAGUCGACUUGACCACGGAUAAAGGUGUUUUCCGAGCUGCUGUACCCUCAGGAGCAUCGACCGGAAUUCACGAGGCACUGGAGCUUCGUGAUGGGGACAAAUCCAAAUACAUGGGCAAGGGUGUCAGCAAGGCAGUCGACAACAUCAACAAAACAAUUGCCCCCGCACUCAUCCCAAAGAAUUUCGAUGUCGCAGAUCAGACUGCAAUCGAUGACUUUAUCAUCUCUCUCGAUGGAACUGAGAACAAAAGCAAGCUUGGUGCCAAUGCGGUCCUUGGAGUAUCCAUGGCAGUAUGCAAAGCUGGUGCAGCUCAGAAGGGCGUUCCCUUGUAUCAGCACAUCGCUGAGCUGUCUGGCAACAAGAAGAUCCUCCUACCCGUUCCUGCAUUCAACGUGAUCAAUGGCGGUAGCCACGCAGGUAACAAAUUGGCUAUGCAGGAGUUCAUGAUCCUGCCCACUGGAGCUACCACUUUCACCGAGGCUAUGAAGAUGGGAUCGGAGACUUACCACCAUCUGAAGAAUGUAAUUAAAAAGAAGUUUGGACUGGAUGCAACUGCUGUUGGUGAUGAGGGUGGCUUUGCUCCCAACAUCAAGGACAACAAGGAGGGCCUAGAGCUUAUCCUUGAGGCUAUCAAAGAAGCUGGUUACACUGGAAAGAUAGAAAUUGGCAUGGACGUUGCUGCCUCAGAGUUCUAUAAAGAUGGGAAGUACGACUUGGACUUCAAGAAUCCCAAGUCUGAGGCAAAAGAUCACAUUGAAAAGGCUGCACUUCAAGCACUCUAUGAAGGCUUCAUCAAGGAGUACCCUAUUGUGUCCAUCGAGGACCCGUUUGACCAGGACGACUGGGAUGCUUGGACCGCAUUCACUGCCUCAACUUCUAUCCAGAUCGUUGGUGAUGACCUCACGGUGACCAACCCCAAGAGAAUACAAACUGCAGUUGAGAAGAAAGCUUGCAACUGUUUGCUGCUGAAAGUGAAUCAGAUUGGCAGCGUUACAGAGGCCAUCAGAGCUCAUCAGCUUGCAAAGAAGAAUGGCUGGGGUACGAUGGUCUCCCACCGCAGCGGAGAGACUGAGGAUUGCACCAUUGCAGACAUAGUUGUAGGCCUUGGCACUGGCCAAAUCAAGACUGGAGCACCAUGCCGAUCCGAGCGCUUGUCCAAGUACAACCAGCUCCUGCGCAUCGAGGAAGAGCUUGGCAGUAAGGCAGUUUUUGCCGGAAAGGACUUCAGAUACCCCGCAUGAAUGUCUCCUCCGUACGUCUUCUAGUCUGGUCGAAUUAAAAUUUGGAUUCCUUGAUGUAGUGUAGCCUGGUGAUCUGUGACUUCUAGUGUUUGGGGGGAAUGCAUUUGCUUGAUGUGGCAUGUUAUACACAUUGUGAUCAAUAAAUAGAUGUUUCAUCUUUG